GCCGGUGCUGCGGUCAGCUGAGCGCGCGGGGCCGGAGGCGAGGCUCGGCGUCCGCCCCACCUAGGCUCCCGGAGCCCCCGCUGCCCCUGCCGUCACCCCGGGGCGGCGUCCGCAUCCGGGUCCGGGGCCCUGCCCCCUGCGGCACGAUGCCGAGGAAGCAGUGACCCCGAGGGAGGCCGAGCGCUGGCGGCGGGAGCUGCUGCCAUGUCUCACCAACCUCUCAGCUCCCUGACUAAGAAGGGAGAAAGCCCCAAUGAAACCACAGGAAAUGGACCCCCCAGUCUGACUCACCCAAAUCUGGAUGCCUUCACCCCAGAGGAGCUGCUGCAGCAGAUGAAAGAGCUCCUCGUUGAGAACCAUCAGCUGAAAGAAGCCAUGAAACUAAAUAACCAAACUAUGAAAGGACGAUUUGAGGAGCUUUCAGCAUGGACAGAGAAACAGAAGGAAGAACGCCAGUUGUUUGAGUUACAGAGCAAAGAAUCCAAAGAGCGCAUAAUGGCCUUGAGUCUUGAAAAUGAGAAGUUGAAAGAAGAGCUUGGAAAACUAAAAGGGAAGUCAGAAAAGUCAUUUGAGUGCCCUACUGGUGACUGUAGGCUUCCCAAGGGGGGAGCAGAGCAGGAAAUGGACCAGCUAAAGAUGCAGGUGGCACGCCUGCAGGCAGACCUUCAGAGUAUUGUAUCUGAGCUACAGCUCAAACUGAACUCCAGUGGCAACUCAGACCGCUCCUUUGUUGAACUUAGGAUGGAUGAGACAGAAGCAAAUGGGACCGUAAAACAAAUCAAGAAUAGUCCCAGACCCACGAGAAUGGACUCAGUUAGCACAUCCCUGUGUGAACAAAUAUACAGAAGUUGCCAGGAAUUAUUGAAACUUGAGGAAUUAACUAUCAGCCAGUUGCUACUUUGCCUAAGGGAAGGAAACCAGAAGGUAGAACUUGAAAUUUCAUUCAAGAAAGCCAAAGAAAGAGUUUCCAGUUUUGAAAGGAGAGCUAAUGGCCGUUCUGAGUCUGAAACCCAGACAGAGGGGUGCACAGGAAAGGAGAAUGAAGAGGAAAAAGGCACGGAGAGUGUUGGAAAUGAAGUGGAAAUGUUAAACCUUCAGGUGACAUCCCUGUUUAAGGAGCUUCAAGAGGCUCACACAAAACUCAGUGAAGCUGAGCUGAUGAAGAAGAGACUUCAAGAAAAAUGUCAGGCCCUGGAUAGAAAAAAUUCUGCAACACCAUCGGAGCUGAGUGAAAAGCAAGAGCUUAUUUAUAACAACAAAAAGUUAGAACUGCAGGUGGAAAGCAUGCGAUCAGAAAUCAAGAUGGAACAAGCUAAAACAGAAAAUGAAAAAUCCAAAUUAACCAUUCUACAGUCAACACAUAACAAGCUUCUCCAAGAAUAUAAUAAUGCUUUGAGAACAAUUGAAGAACUAACAAGGAAAGAGUCAGAAAAAGUGGAAAAGGCAUUGCUACAGCAACUAAAUGAGAAACUGGAACUGGCAGAGAAGGCACUGGCUUCGAAGCAGCUUCAAAUGGACGAGAUGAAGCAGACUAUUGCUAAGCAAGAGGAGGAACUGGAAACCAUGGCCGUCCUCAGGGCUCAGAUGGAGGUUUACUGUUCUGAUUUUCAUGCUGAAAGGGCAGCAAGAGAGAAGAUUCAUGAAGAAAAGGAGCAACUGGCAUUGCAGCUGGCAAUUUUGCUGAAAGACAACAAUGCUUUUGAAGAUGAAGGCAGUAGGCAGUCCUUAAUGGAAAUGCAGAGUCGCCAUGGGGCGAGAACGAAUGAUCCUGAGCAGCAGGAUUACCUGGUUCAAAGUGGAGCUGAGGAUGGAAACUGGCAGCAGCAGCAGCAGUGGAACAUUCCAAUUCAUUCUUGCCCCAGAUGCGGACAAGUCCUGCCUGACAUAGACACAUUACAGAUUCAUGUAAUGGAUUGUAUCAUCUAAGUGUUGAUGUUUCACCUCCCAAAACUGUUGGUAAAUGUCAGAUCUUUUUCCUCAAGAGUUGUGCUUUUGUGUUAUUUGUUUAUAAAGCAAAUGUUUUGCUUCAUAAUGCUUGCUCUAGGAGAAAGAAAAUGUAUCUGUUUAAACAGAAGACUUUUUGUAGAUUUUCAUAAACCAGAAAGAUAAACUACCACUCUUCUGAGAAUAAAUUCAGUAUUUUUAAUUUUCAGUUUCUGUGAGGAGUUCUGCUCAUGCAGUUAAUCGGAAUGUGACAUCAUGUGAUAGAGUCUGUGCAGUUAGGUGAAAGAAACUUCAUUGAUGAUUGCUUCUCUGCCUUUUGGCUAAGAUCAAGUGUAUAAACUUCACUGAUACAUUU